UUAGGCUAUGUGUCUCUGUCAGAGUUGCCAAGGAAACAAUUGAGGAAGUUAAGAAUCUUGGUGCCUUUUCGAUUUUCAACCAACACAUCCGUACCAUCGACCGAGCGUCAUGUCUAGGAAGGGUGCUCAUCAACAUCAACAGGCUUCUCAGCAGAUCCCCUCUUUGGUGGAGCUGGAUGAGGUUGACCUGGAGGAAAAUGAGGCGCAGGUCAACGUUAACCUACUUCCUGGGCUGACAGGGGCAGUUACUAGACUUAUGGUUGGCUUUAGGGAGGAUGACGUGGAGACUCAGUUUGGACAGGUCCACUGCACCAUGAAGGGGGUUCCCAAGGGCAGCCGCCCCGUCAUCAUGACCUUCCAUGAUAUUGGACUGAACUACAAGUCGUGCUUCAACCCCCUGUUCAGCCACGAGGACAUGCAGGAGAUCAUGAGGCACUUUGCCGUGUGCCACGUUGAUGCCCCUGGGCAGCAUGAGGGUGCCUCCACUCUCUCCACUGAGUACACCUACCCCUCUAUGGACCAGCUCUCUGAGACUCUCCCUCAGGUCCUCAAGCACUUUCGGUUUAAGAGUAUCAUUGGACUGGGCAGCGGUGCUGGUGCCUACGUCCUCGCUAAAUUUGCUCUGAACCAUCCAGAUAAGGUUGAGGGACUUGUUCUCAUCAACAUCAAUGCACGUGCCGAGAGCGUGAUAGAUUCACUUACACACAAGAUGACUGGCUGGAUCCAAGCACUGCCUGAUCAUGUUCUAAACCACAUGUUUGGAAAGGAGGAGAUCCAGAACAACCCUGAUCUGAUCGCCACAUACCGCAACCACAUCACCAAUGAUGUCAACCAGUCCAACCUGGCCCAGUUCUUCAAGUCCUACCAGAGCCGCAGGGGCCUGGAGAUCGAGAGGCCUGUCCCAAGGGGAAACAUUAACGCCAGAACUCUGAAGUGCCCUGCUCUGUUGGUGGUGGGAGACAGCUCCCCUGCAGUCGAGGCUGUGGUCGAGAGCAACGCAAAGCUUAACCCAACACAGACCACACUGCUCAAGAUGGCUGACUGUGGAGGACUUCCCCAGGUGAGCCAGCCUGGCAAACUGACAGAGGCCUUCAAGUACUUCAUCCAGGGCAUGGGUUACAUGUCCUCAGCCAGCAUGACCAGACUGGUGAGGUCCCGCACCGCCUCAGGCUCCAGCAUCGCCUCCUGCGACAGCAGCAGGAGCCGCUCUCACACCAACGACAACCAGCCUGCCCGGGAGCACACCGAUGUGUCCAUGGAGAAUGUAUCUAACAGCACCGUAGAUCAGACCGUUGUCAUGUCCAGCAGGAAGACUGAGGACGCCUGCUAG